AUGGAAUCAUGGUCUCUGUUAAUCCACAUGCAUCAACAGCUCCUGAUUCUGACCAGUUUGGAAACGAACUUUCAGUCCCUACGACAAGAGGUAAAUGAUUUUACACAAGCGAAAACCCUCGAGAUGAAGAAACAUUCCGCAAAUGACAAUACCGUUUCGACGAAACUUGAGAGUACUCACAACAGAUCAAUCGAUGAACACCGAGCACGGUUUAAUGCAAUCAACGAGGAGAUAUCGACAGGAUUCGAGCAGAUGAGACGCUCGGCAGGCGAGUUUCGCUCCAGUAUCAGGAAGGUUCUGAACAGUCGCAACGAUGUCCAUAACCAGGUAAAGCGCGUUGGGACAAGUAUCACCACUCUCCAGAACAGGGUAAAGUACAUUGAGGAAAUUAUCACCGCUAUCCAAAACCAGGCUACAGGCACUGUGGCAACUGUCAAUGCUCUGUCAGGACGGGUAUCCGAGAUGGAACAGACACUUACUCUGGUCCCAGCUCUGGUUCGGUUCUGUGCUCAACUGAGAGAAGCUCUCAAGUCCAUUUCUGGCCCGAACCCACAACUUGCUUCCAACAAUGGUGGCAACAAAAGAGCCGGUGAAGCAUCCGAGGGGGGCUAUGGAAAGCGACCGAGAGGAGAAUCAAACCGAGUAAACGACAAGAGGAAAGAAGUUUAUUGGAAUGCCACCCCGACCUCUGAGGGAUAUUGA